AUGGCGGGCGCUCUCGUGUCGCACCUCAUUCAAUUCAUGAUCAAGCACCCGGAGGCCGCCGCGUGUUUCGUCCUCGGGAUUUUCACAGGCAUCAUUUUAUUGAUCCUCUACAGCUACGGUGCGUUCUCGCGAGUGGAGACGGCCAUCUGUGACCUCUUCUCAAUCUCAGAGGUCAGACAUUUCAUCGGCAUAUCGAUUAGCUUCAUCGUCGGCGACAAGCAGCUCGCCGCGCGCCUCGAGGACUACGACGAGAUGAUCAUUCCGUUCCUCAUCAAGGCCAAGGACCACCUCGCGCGCGCCGGCCCGGCGCGGCCGGGCCAGCGCAUGAUUAUGGCCGGUUCGGCCACGGCCGACGCCGACCGCGCCGACGGGAACGUCUAG